UUAGAUGGUAAUAAAAUUUGAGAGCACGGCAGACUGGACACAACGAUACUUCGUGUCCGAAUUUAUUUUUCAUGUAUUUAUUUUUUGAUAGAACUCAACUUUUAAGAGCUCAAAUGCGUUUCGGGAAUCUUCGAACGUCAUCGUUUUGGAACACCGGCCAUCAAUUUUGCGAACGAUUUUGAUAAACGUUCGGACCCUCAAGGCCCAAGUUGUACCAAAUGCGCGAGAAAUUCGCACCAACAUCGGCGGUCAUCCUAACGCUCUACUUAACGCUCGUGUCCGUCUCUCCGGAUUCGAUAACGCUCUUCGAGGACAGGAACUUCGAGGGCGACCACUGUGACAUCGAUGUCGUCGGUUGCAAACCGGUGUGCCCCGGACUGGACAGGAAGGUUUCGUCUCUCAAGGGUAACGCCACUUGCGUUAACUUUUUCCGAGGCGCAAACUGCACGAUGUACAUGGGCUCUUGGAAUUCGAGCAUGAACGAAAUCCGCGACUUGAAGCACACGGCCGGGCAAGAUUCCAUGAUGUCCGUCGGGGACUGCAAUCAACCGAUUGACCCUGCAAACUCCGUUUCGUUUUACGAGGAUAAGUUUUUCGGAGGCAAGCGGUGCAACAUAGAGGUGCAAGGCUGCAAACCGAUGUGUCCGGACUUGGAGAACCGAGCUUCGUCCGCGCAAGGCGCCGUCUGCGUCAAGAUAUACAAAGAGCCCAACUGCACCGGAUAUUUGGGCGUCUUCGAUUUCAAGGAGGGCGCCUUCGGAGACUUCAAAUAUACAACCCUCCAAGACACCGUCGCCUCCGUCUCGGACUGUGAUUACGUGAAACCGUUCAAAGCGCCUUGAUCAUAUUUGGAAAAAAUAGCGAAUGAAAUGGAAUUACUGCUGGGAAAUAGAUCACCUCUGUCGUGCACGGAUAAAAAAUCGUCGCCUCCCGGCCAAAGUAUCACAAGCGCCAUGCGACGUUUCAAAA